AUGCUCGUAGUACUCAUCGAUCCUACCCAGGGCCUCAACCUGUCCAACUCGGACAGGAAUCCGUCCAAGUCGUCCCUCUUCCAGAGCCAGUUCCGUCUCCCCCCCACCCAGAAUCCCAUCUACGAGAUCAAUGCGGAGCUCACCAUACCGCCUUCGUCGUCUUCGAACUCGGGCUCGAACCCCGGAAAUGCCAUCCACGGAGGAGACAGGGACCACCAGAGGGGGUGGCAUUAUGCCGGGAAGCUGCACCUGUCCGAGGCCUACAUGUGCUUCUCCACCACGCCCUCGAGCUUCUCCCAGGCGGCCAGCGUGUCCACCUCGUCGGCCUUUACCGGCCAGACGCACGGAGGCGGUCCCAGCGGCAACGGCUUCACCUUUCCGCUCUGUGCCAUAAGGAGGGUCGAGAGGUUGAACAGUCAGAAUUUUCAGUUCGCCCUAGCCUUCACGACGUGGAACGGCCUCCUCUACGACGACGCAAAGGACGGCCCCAAGGAUCGGAGAGACGGUCGGGAGCAGCGGAUCAUACUACACCUCGCCGGUACACGCCAGGCCUGCGAGCGCUUCUGCGACGGGCUGAAGAAGGGCCUGAGGGCCGGCGUCGGCAACGUCGGCAAGCUGCGCAGCGUCGCCUCCGAGAACUACUCCGAGUACCUGCUCCGGUCCGACGAGAAGAAGAACGCGACGCCGCCCGACGCCGGCCUGGGCAUGGUCUUCCGCUACCCCGGAGACCCCAAGAAGCUGCGGGACCGCGCCAAGAUGCGCCUGUGGGCCGAGUAUCUCCGCGACAACGGCCGCAACUUCACCCUCAUCCGCCAGCCCACCUUCCACAAGCUGAUCCGCGUCGGCCUGCCGAACCGCCUGCGCGGCGAGGUCUGGGAGGUCACGUCCGGCUCCAUCUUCCUCCGCCUCGAGACCCCGGAGCUCUACGCCGAGACCCUGGCCAGGUUCGAGGGCCACGAGUCGCUGGCCAUUGACGAGAUCGAGAAGGACCUCAACCGCAGCCUGCCGGAGUACCCGGGCUUCCAGAGCGACGAGGGCAUCGGCCGCCUGCGCCGCGUGCUGACGGCCUACAGCUGGGUCAACACCGAGGUCGGCUACUGCCAGGCCAUGAACAUCGUCGUGGCCGCCCUGCUCAUCUACAUGUCCGAGGCCCAGGCCUUCUUCCUCCUCUCCACCCUGUGCGACCGGCUGGUGCCGGGGUACUACUCGACCACCAUGUACGGCACCCUGCUGGACCAGAAGGUGUUUGAGUGCCUGGUCGAGCGCACCAUGCCCAUCCUGUGGGAGCACCUGGUCAAGAGCGACGUGCAGCUGUCGGUCGUGUCGCUGCCGUGGUUCCUGUCGCUGUACAUCAACUCGAUGCCCCUCGUCUACGCCUUCCGCGUCCUCGACGUCUUCUUCGUCGAGGGCCCCAAGGUGCUCUUCCAGGUCGGGCUGGCCAUCCUGCGCAUCAACGGCGAGGAGCUGCUGGACGCGGCCGACGACGGCACCUUCAUCUCCGUGCUCAAGUCGUACUUUUCGCGGCUGGACCAGUCGGCCCACCCCAAGUCGGAGAACCCCAAGCUGCGGGCCGUCACGCGCUUCCAGGAGCUCAUGGUGGUGGCCUUCAAGGAGUUCUCGUCCAUCACGCACAGCACCAUCACCGAGCUGCGGCUCAAGAACAAGGACGCCGUGCUCAACAACAUCGAGAACUUUGCGAAGCGCACCGCCCUCCGCAACCUGGGCCCGGACAGCAAGCUGCUCAGCCCCGAGGAGCUGGGCGCGCUGUACGACCGCUUCUACAACAUCCUGUACGACCGCCAGCAGCGCAACAUGGUGAUGCAGCAGGAGAGGCAGAAGCGGGCCCGGGCCAGCCGGGUGCGGGCCUCGGACAUCUUCUCGGGCAGCGCCGCGUCGUCGGCGCCGCAGAGCGAGGUCGAGAAGGGCCGCGUCGGCCUGGGGCCCAGCACGAACCUGAUGGACUACGACGCCUUCCGCGAGUUCCUGGCGUCCAUGGCCAAGUGGGCCAUCUCCGACUCGCCGGGCCAGUCCCGGCGCGACUCGCUGGACCGCGGGUCGGCCCACAAGCAGCCCCCGAACCGGCCUCACCACCGUCACCACCAGAGCGCCCGCCGGCCGACGGCGGCGGACCUGAUGCUGUCGGCCUGGGGCGCGGGCCCGGAGCCGGCCGAGCACGAGUUCCUCGGCCGGCUGUUCCGCAAGUGGGACGUCGACGGCAACGGCGAGCUGACGCUGCAGAACGUGGUCAACGGGCUCGCGCGGAUCAGGGGCAGGCGCGACAUCAUGGGCAUCAUCACCUACUUCUUCGAGCUGUACGACGACGACGGCGACGGGCGGGUGGACCGCGAGGGCAUACUGCGCAUCUCGGAGACGCUCCUGUUCCUGUCCCGGCGGGGGCUGGAGGGCACGCUCAGCCCGGGGGCGUCGACGCUGGCGCUCAACGGCGACGCCAGCGUCCGCGAGUCGCAGGGCAGCCUGCAGCCCGGGACGUCGACCAACGAGCGGUUCCUGGGGAGCGUGAGCGCGUUCAUCCGACGGUGCUUCGAGUACGCGGAUCCGGAUCACCCGGGAGCCGGCCCGGGAGCCGGCGCGGCCGCCUCCUCCUCCGAGGGUGAAGGGGCCGACCUGGUCGACGUCGGCACGGACGGCACAGACGAGCGGGACGCGACGGAGAGGCCGAGCGGCGACGGCGACGGCAGCGACAGCAAGACGGAGCAGCGAGCCAGGUCGGCCAACGCGGCGCUCGACCCAGCUCACCCGCUGCACAUCACGCUCCCGACGUUCAGGAUGGUGGUGCUGGCGGACGAGCUGCUGGAGCAGUUCUUCGAGUCGUCAUUCCCGACGUCGUUCCACGUGAUCGAGGGCGUAUCGCAGGCGGCCGCGGCGUCCGGCUCGUUGACGGGCGGGCUGACGACCUUCUCGAGUCUCGGAUUCGGAUCGUCCAGGCCUCACGGCGGGUCGACGUCGGCAUCGGCCAGCCGCCACCCUGCCGGGUCGGCGGCGGCGGCGGCGGCGGCGGCGACCGGAGGAGGAGUCGUCGGCGGACCUCCCGGUGGCAGGGGUCUGCGCGGGGUCAUGGACGGCAUCAUCACGGACGGGAUGAGGGUGGCGACGGAGGUGAGGAGGCGGAUGGAGGAGGCGCAGAGGGAGCUGGAGAAGAACGCGACGGCGACGGGACGGCCGCUGGCGGCGGGGGCGGACGAGGACGACGAGGACGACGAGGACGACGACGUCGGCGUGGCGAUCGGGGUUCGCAAGGGGCCGUCGAGGAGCGGCGCGGACGACGACGGCCGGUCGGUCAAGUCCUCUGACAGGGAUCUGCUGACGGGUGCGGAGGCCGAUGCCGGUGCCGGGGACGGUGCAGGCGGAACCGGUACGGCAACGGCAACGGCAGCGGGAGCGGCGGCGGCGACGACGGCGGCGGCGGCGGCAGCAGCAGCAGCAGCAGCCGGGGCUGGGAAGGAUGGGAGGAGAUUGACUUCCAGUGAGGGUAUAGUAGAGUUUGAGGGGUGA